CCUGGGCCGGCCAUGGAUCUGCCCGUAAACUUGACUUCCUUUACUCUCUCCACUCCCUCCUCUGUGGAACCUAACCGCAGCCUGGGCUCGGAAGACCUGCGCCCUGGUCGGCCGUUCCUCUCGGUUUUCCGAGUGCUGGUCCUGACCCUGCUGGGCUUCCUAGCAGCAGCCACGUUCGCUUGGAACCUGCUGGUGCUGGCCACCAUCCUCAGGGUACGCACCUUCCACCGCGUGCCGCACAACUUGGUGGCGUCUAUGGCCAUCUCGGAUGUGCUGGUGGCCGCGCUGGUCAUGCCACUGAGCCUGGUGCAUGAACUGUGUGGGCGCCGCUGGCAGCUGGGACGGCGGCUGUGCCAGCUGUGGAUCGCGUGUGACGUUCUCUGCUGCACCGCCAGCAUCUGGAACGUGACGGCGAUCGCCCUGGACCGCUACUGGUCUAUCACACGCCACCUGGAAUACACACUCCGCGCCCGCAAGCGUGUCUCCAACGUGAUGAUCCUGCUCACCUGGGCGCUCUCCGCCGUCAUCUCCCUGGCCCCGCUGGUCUUCGGCUGGGGGGAGACGUACUCGGAGCUCAGCGAGGAAUGCCAGGUCAGCCGCGAGCCGUCCUACACCGUCUUCUCCACCGUGGGCGCCUUCUAUCUGCCGCUGUGCGUGGUGCUCUUCGUGUACUGGAAGAUCUACAAGGCCGCCAAGUUCCGCGUGGGCUCCCGGAAGACCAACAGCGUCUCCCCCGUACCCGAGGCUGUGGAGGUGAAGGACGCUACCCAACAGCCCCAGAUGGUGUUCACAGUCCGCCAUGCCACCGUUACCUUCCAGACAGAAGGGGACACAUGGAGAGAGCAGAAGGAGCAGAGGGCAGCCCUCAUGGUGGGCAUCCUCAUCGGGGUGUUUGUGCUCUGCUGGUUUCCUUUCUUCGUCACGGAGCUCAUCAGUCCGCUGUGCUCCUGGGACAUCCCUGCCAUCUGGAAGAGCAUCUUCCUGUGGUUGGGCUAUUCCAACUCCUUCUUCAACCCACUCAUCUACACAGCAUUCAACAGGAGCUACAGCAGUGCUUUCAAGGUCUUCUUCUCCAAGCAACAGUGAGAGGCCGUGUGGGCGUGCCUUCUUCCCGUGAACCUUUGCACUCUGCCCAGCAGUCCUGAGGACAAGAUCCAUCUGCCAAGGGCACCAGGGUCACAGCAGAGCUCGGCUCCCUUCCCUUCUGUGCUCGUGUGUUGGGAGCUGUCUUUUCCUGAGGGCUCUGGUGGCUUAUGUCCCCAGCUUGGGUACUCUUCCUCACUCUGUACCAGCAGCCACGGGCCUGGCCCACAAAGUGCCCAUUUCUCUUCUAAAUCCGCUCCAGCAUGGACGUGAGAAAAGUUGACCAGGACAGGAGGGAAGAAGGAGGAAGUAAAAAAACUCAGGUAUGUAGAGAGGCAGGAAGAAUGAUAAGGCCUACAGCUGUUGAUGGUCACACACACAGCUGUAAUCCUAGCCCUAAGGAGACUAAGGGCGGGAGGAUCUCAGCCAGCCUGGGCUACAUAGUAGGUUCAAAACCAGCCUGAGGUAAGAGACAACAUAUAAUAACAACAACACAUCGCUCUGGUGAGGCCGAACUCCCCAGACUUGUCCUCAUUUCAGAGUUCUGCUCUGUGGCCCGAGAGUGUCCGUCCUAAUACUGACUGAGUCCCUUCCUAAUAGUUGGCUACAAAAUUCUGUCCACAAACAUGUCAAAACACAGUCCCAACUGCGGCAAGGACAGUGAUUCCUAUCUUGAGUGUUUUUUGUUCACCGCAGGAAAAAAAAAAAUCAGUUUCCGGUUGAGAUCAGCUCAGCCCAUCAACUUGAAACUGGAAAAACCAUUUCCUUCCAUUUUGAAACAACUGUUCACAAACAAUAGAAAAAAAAAUCUACUAAUUUUUCAGAAGUAUUUGCUGUAGGUUUUUCUUGGUGUGAUUCCUUCAAAUGUUUUUGCCCUUAGUGUUUUUUCCCUAAAAAGUAAGAUUCGAGGUUAGUCAUGGCCAUGAGCUGUUGCCUUCUUAAUACAGUUUCACAGUUGGUGGCUACAAGGGCCUGUCCAUCAGACCAAUACAGUAGCAGGAAUACUGGCCAUUUUGCAGUUCUGGCUUUGUUGGUGAAUGAACCCCAACCAGAUAGGCAGACAAGGGUCAAAUGGGGCCUCUAUCUGGCAGUGAGACCAGUGUGUCAAGACAGUCCCAAGGAAACAGUGUUUAUGUGGUGACAGAAAACCUUGGGCCCACUCCCACCUCCAAAGGGAGCUCAAGGGAACUUUGAGAAUAUUAUAAAAAAUCCAAGGAGAGACAAAAGAGCUAGUCACCUUUCCAGAACCCUGUGUAUGCUGACUGCUUCCACGAGCCGAGGAUGGAGCUAUCGGAACCCACAGAGCUGUGCACACCUCUCAGUACGUCGUUCUCAGCAAAAUCCAGAAUGAGCCAAAGCACCCAUACUUCUUUCGGCAGUGAGAAACAGUGGGUUGCCUUGGCAGCCAUGCUGAGGCCGUUUGCUGCAGAAUCCUCAUCUGGGGAGCGGAGCCCCAGAGCUAGCCAGGUGAUGAUGCAGAGAGUCAGAGAGACUGUCUGUGGAGAGUGGGUGUGUUUCUCCAGUCGACAGGAAGUGCAACAACUUCAUCCUCAGAAGUCUUCAAAUGUUUAUUUGUUCAGUUAUUUAGGUUUGAGACAGGGCCUCACUAAGUAGCCUUGGCCAUCCUGGAGCCCACUGUGUAGACCAGGCUGAUCUCACAGAGAUCUACCACUCCUACACCGGGAGUUUUCUAAGUAAAAAUUCUCCAACACUCUGAGGCCCUUUGUCUGGAGCAGUGGCCUGGACCAGACACACAUUCUGCACUAGGGGACUGGGUCUGGACAGAAUGGCUCACAUGACCAUGGUUGUCAUAACAAGGUUUUGCUAAUUGUUUCAACAAGAGCUUUAUUAUUAUUAUUAUUAUUAUUAUUAAUUUUUUAUUUUUAUUUUUGGCCUUGGUCACAACUGACCAGAUAUAAGAAUUUAUUUUUGUUGCAUCUGAGCCCUGUGAAAAUAGGAUGCACACAGAAUGUUUUAAGUUGUGCAAACUGUGUACUGCAUCCUUCACUGCUGUUGCUCAGCCAGGAGGUCUCCUUGGGAUGAGCCUUUAGAUCCAGGGGACCGAGGAGUGUGUUAGUCCCUCUCCGCUCCUCUGCAGCUGCACCGGUAAAGGGAGCUAGCCACUACUGAUUGCCCACCCAGCUGCAGGCCGAGCACUCGUGGCAGGGACCUUCCCACCUGAUGGGUUCUGACUGCCACCACGCUCACCAUCACAUGGGGCGGCUUCGCCCAUAUCACCUCAAUUUGAAACAAACCCCUUACUCACCAUUCAAAACAUCUACAAGUUCUUGGGCAAUAAAACUUCACUCUAUCCCUUAAUUCCUCAAAUGCACAAAAUGAAACUGUGUAUCAUAACAUGAAGGCACAGAAAUAUUAUACUGUAUAUAAUAAAGUACAUCCACCAACAUUCAAAAAUAGAAGAUUUGUGAUGAUUUCUUUGUGGUUUUGACAUAAGUGAUCUUGAAUUUCCUGCAAGGACAACCUUUCUUUACACAAGAGUGUGACCCAGUGCUAGGUGUUAGCCAGCCAGCGUCGUGACCGUGCACAUACUUAAUCUGGACUCCUGUCUGCACGAAAGCAAUGCAAUAGAGAACUUUACUUGGGAAUUUUUUUAGAUUUUUUUUCUUGCUUCUGUAUAUAUCUUAGUUCACAUACUAGGUUCAUAAAUACUUCAAAAUGCAGACUUGUUUACUUCCUCAUUUUCCCUGUCCCCAAGAUCACCCGGAACCAGGGGUAUUACUGGGGUUUUCAGUGUUAUAAUGGAGGAUGUAUUUGUUGGAUGAGCACAAGUGAAGGAAUACAACAUGUGGAACCCAGUGCAAAUUGUACCAUGUCUGUCUGCCUGAAAUUCCUGGUGGGAUUUCUCAUCCUGUGCCAAAUUCCAAUAUUUAUCUUACUGUUUAUUUGGGGGCUGGAGGGAUGGCUCAGUAGUUAAGAGUGCACGCACACUGCUCUUGCAGAGGACCUGAAUUCCAUCCCCAGCACCUGCAUCAGCUGGCUCAGAGCCACUUGUAACUCCAUCUCUAUGGGAUCUGAUACCUCUGGCCUGAGCAGGUACCUUUAUGAAUGCACACAUGUUCAAAACUA